AAAUAUGUUUUUAUUCAAAAGCUGUCGUACUGUGAAUAAGGUCGUAAAGAGAAUCGCACAAGGCACAAAAAUGGGAAGUUCAUACUCCAGGUCCUACUCACCUAACAGUGGGCAGCCAAAAAAUAAUACGGAAAGCCGUGGCACAAUUUCCUCCACUGAGUCGAGUAGUCAGUAUGUAGAAUCAGUUGUAUGCAAAGUUAACGAUCUUAAUGAAAAUGAGAUGAAAGUGUUUGAUAUAGGAGAGGAAGGAAAAGUAUUGCUUGUGAAACAAAAAGGGGAGUUUAGUGCUGUGGGCACAAAAUGCACCCAUUAUGGGGCCCCUUUAGUUUCUGGAGCCCUUGGAGAUGGCCGAGUGAGAUGUCCCUGGCAUGGAGCAUGUUUUAAUUUAAAAACAGGUGAUAUUGAAGACUUUCCUGGUUUUGAUUCCCUGCCAUGUUACCAAGUCACAGUAUCUCAAAAAGGAGAGGUCAAGGUAAGAGCAAAAAUUAGUGAUUUGAAGUCAAACAAGCGAAUUAAAGAUAUGGGUAUGAUAUCACCGUGUAAUGAGUCGUCUGUAGUAAUCGUUGGCGGGGGGCCGUCUGGAGCGACUUGUGCUGAAACCCUGCGGAGUGAAGGAUUCAAAGGACGUAUUACUCUCGUCGCCAAAGAGAACUACCUUCCAUAUGAUAGAAUUAAAGUGUCAAAGAUCGGAACAGCAACGGAUAUAGAGAAACUUCAAGCUAGAUCACAGGAGUAUUACCAAAAUGCUAACAUUGAAGUGCUUAAAGGUGUAGAAGCAACGAAGGUUAACACGGAAAGUCGGACUGUUGAAUUAAGCAACGGCUCGAAACUUUAUUUCAGUUCUUUGUAUCUUGCGACUGGUUGUAAACCGCGUGUUCCUGAUAUACCUGGUAUAAAUCUAAAAAAUAUCUACACAGUAAGAAACUUCGAGGAUUCCGUUAAUAUAUUAAAAACAUUGGGUUCGGAAAAAGAUAAAGAAGUUGUUAUUUUAGGAUUAAGCUUUAUCGGCUUAGAGUCGGCGUCUUCUUGCGUAUCAAAAGCUAAAUCUAUGACAGUAGUCGGAAAGGAUACUUUCCCACUUGGUCAAAUAUUUGGUAAAGAGAUAGGCCAGAGUCUUCUCAAGCUCUUUGAAGAUAACGGCGUGAAGUUCUAUUUUGAAACCACAAUAUCAAAAUGCAAUGGUGAUAAUGGAGUCAUUAAAUCAGUCGAACUGACUAAUGGUAAAACACUUCCUGCUGAUAUGCUAAUUUUGGGCGUGGGAAGUACUUUUUAUACGGACUUCCUUAAAGAUAGCAAUAUUGCACUAGAAUCUAAUGGUUCUGUUAAUGUGAAUGACAAAUUAGAAACAAAUAUUAAAGACAUCUAUGCAGGAGGUGAUAUCGCUUUCGCUCCAGUUUACGCCCUAGAAAAUAAACAAAUGGCUAUUGGACACGUCGGCCUAUCACAAUACCACGGACUAGUUGCUGCUAAAAAUAUUUUGAAAAAGGAGACACCCUUGAGAACUGUACCUUAUUUCUGGACUAUGCUGUUUGGAAAAUCAAUUCGUUACGCUGGCUGCGGAAAAUCGUCGGACUUCCAAAUAGAGGGUGAUGUUGCGGCGCUAAAAUUUGUUAUAUUCUUCUUUAAUGAAUCAGAUAAAGUUAUUUCGGUGGCGUCGUGUAUGAGGGAUCCGGUCGUUUCGCAGUUCGCAGAACUACUAUAUCAGGGUAAGUCGCUAUACAAAAACGAUUUGAAGGGAGAUCCAUUUGCAUGGACGAAAACUAUUAAUUAAAUACAAGUAAUACAUUGAUGUACAAAACUCAGUAUUAUUUUAUUCUUUAUAUUUA